UGUGCCGGCGCCGCAGCCGGCGUCUAUUUGUUUUGUUUAUCUGGUAAUUUUAAGUAUUUUGUAAAGUAUAGUGUAAUUGCAGCUUUGUACUUUGUGUUACAUAAAUUACGCUGUAUAAAUGUUAUUAUUUUUAAGCUGACAAACUUGGGUAGUUAACGUUAACCUCGGAACUUAUUCAAUUAUAAUGGAUAUUAACACAAAAGUAGUUUUAAAUUCCCCUGCUGUCGAUGACGAAACAGAUUUCAGAAAGAAAAUAGAAAUUGCUGUAGCUGUUAAUAAUUUUUUAGAGGAUAACAUUUUGUCAGAUCCAAAUAAUCCGGUUGAAAUUCUCCACAAAUUGACAGGACAGCCAAGAGCAGUAUGUAAUGCUAUAAAUAAAGCGAACGAAACCGCGCUGCCAAAAACGUUUGACGAUUGGUUGGACGAGUAUAACAUGAGAUAUAUGGACGAGUAUCAGGCCAUUAAUCGUGAGAGCUUGAUUAGAAAUCUGGUUGUGCACCAUUAUGUUCACCGCCAAACUGUCCCUACUAUGAAGUUAAUGGUUGAUUUUUUGCAUACGAAUGGUCACAAAGAUAUCACUCUUGAUAAGCUAAGACAACUUUUAAAAGCUAACGGUUUCAUAUGGCAGCGCCUUCCUCGAACAUCGAAGAGUAUUCUGGUUGAAGAUCCCAAACAAGUGUUUGAGAGACAGAGUUAUUUAAGCAGUAUUUUAAAGUACAGGGAACAGGGUCGCCAUAUUGUGUACGUUAAUGAAACGGUUAUAAGACAAGGCGCCUUAAAAGCGCACGAGACUUCCGGUACUUAUCUCUAUUGUUAUGCAGUGGUUUCUCCCGACCAAGGAUUACUUGACAUAAAAGUGACAACCGUCAAUAUACCUUCCUCGAGCCUAUUUAAUAAGUUUCCGCCCAUAACGCCUUGGAUAAUAGACGAAGUCAUCAAGAAAAUACCAGAAGGGAGCGUGAUCGUUUGGCCGUGUAGAUCUUAUCAUGCUAAAAGUUUUGAACAAUUACCAGAUCUGUUUAGCACAAAGAAUCAAAUGAAGGAUUGGUUACAAUUCAGAAACAUACCGUUUGAUAAUAAAAUGCAUAGAGCAGAAUUGAUAAAAAUAAUUGAAAGUUCGAAGUACACAUUCGAAGAGAGUCAACUAGAUAAACUGGAAGUAGCCAUCGCAGCGUACGGACACGUGGCGUUACGGCUGCCCAGGAAGCUCGGUAUGCUGAGCCUAUUUGAAAUAUUUUGGACUAGAUUUUUCAAAACUAAUGUUAUUUGGCACAAAAAAUGCAAAACCGUGGCUCUCGUUCGGAAAGCUUUUGAAAAAAGGCCUUUAAGUCAUUGGAAAGAAUUUAAUAAUAAAUUGAUACAAAAAGAAAUUACGAUAUUUAAAGAAGAUAGAGCUAUGGAGGAAGUGAUCGAUAAAAUAUUGACUAUGGCAAGGUACGAAGAUCUUAAAAGCGAUGAGUUCGAUAAUGAAAUUCCUGACAGUUGGCUUUAUGAUUUCAUUGCUGUUUAGAUUACUAAUAUUUACUUAUCCAAAAAAAAAAAUAUAUUCUUUUAUUUUCCUUUUUAAAAUUUAAAAAUUAUAUUAUUGAUAUAAUCUAUACUACAAUAUAUAUAUCUGAAGGCUCUAUCUGUGCCUACAAGGUCCACGAUGUUUGGGUCAAUUUCUAAGACGAAUCCGUUGCUUUCUCCAAAAUUUUCAUCAAGAUCGGUCAUGCGGUUCUUGCGUUAUAAAAGGACAUCGUACUGACCGACCAAUGUAAAAAAGUAUCAAGAAGUACCUAUAAUAUUAAAUGGGGAACCUUUAAAACUUGUAGAUUCUACUUCGUUUCUUGGAACAGUAUUAAUCAAAUCAAAUCAAAAUAUUUUAUUGCAAGUCACAUUUUACAGUAGGAUGGUUGGUACAUUAAUGGGUAGACAAUAUGUGACGCCCUGCAAGGGCACAGGAACGUUAUACAUAAAAUAAAUAAGUCUUAUACGUUUUUUACAUUCUUAUACUAUAUUGUAACUAAUUCUCACACUUGUAAUUAAAAAAUUCGGGUAAAUCGUAGAAGCAUUUUGAAACUAAAAAUUUUUUAAGAUGUCUUUUAAAUAGAGAAGGCUUCUCUUUAUUUUUAAUUUCGUUUGGGAUGCGAUUAUAAAUUUUUAUUGCCAUGUGGUGAGGGCUCGAUGACACUAAUGACAUACUUGUUUGGGGAAUUUUUAAUUUGUUUAAAUUUCUAUUAUUUCGCUUGUUAUUUGGUAGUGUUCAGUAUAAGUCCGAAUGUUUUUUAACAAAUUUACAUGCUUCUAGGAUGUAAAUUGAAGUAAGAGUUAAAAUUUUGUGUUUAAUAAAAUAUGGUCUACAUGAAUCCAUCUGCUGAAUAUUUUCUAAAAUUCUGAUACAUUUUUUCUGUUGAGUAAAUAUAUCUUUUAUUUCACUACAGUUUCCCCAUAUUAAUAUUCCAUAUGAUAAUCUAGAAUGUGCAUAUGCAUAAUAAGCAGCAAGGGCAGAUUUGAAAUCUGUUACGCGUUUUAGUUGGUAAAGAGCAUAAGUAAAAGGUGACAUUUUGCUUUUUAAUUUCUGUAGAUAUGGCUUCCAUGUCAAGUGUGAGUCUAAAUCAAUUCCCAGUAGUGUAGCUGUGUCAACUGUUUCAAGUUGUGAAUUUUUGUAAGAAUAAGAUAUAUUUAAGGGGGAUUUUUGAUAAGGUUUAAAAGGUAUAAUUUUAGUUUUAUUAAUAUUAAGUUCAAGAUUAUUAUUAUUUAGCCAAUAAAAGAUUUUGUCCAUUGUAA